AUACUGGGAGUUGCUUGUAGUUUUGCAACAGCUGGAGGCACCCUGGUUGGAAACCGCUGAAUUAUACAAAACACACAGCACGGAUAGAGGCGUCUCUUCAGCGUUACUUAACUUGUAGGCGUGGUUACAGAUGUGGGCGUUCCUCUCUCGCGCCCACCUGGCUACUUGUGAAUGGAAGUAGGCGUGGCUACAUGGCGUGGGGCGCCUGACGCCCCUCCCUCUUGCGGCGUCCUCCGUUCUCCGCUGACGCGUCCCAUUGGCUGCUCCGUCGGUGACGCGUUGCGAUGCGAUGCAGCCGGUGCUCCCUUGUGAUAUAAAACAUCGGAGGAGAUAACAGAUAGAACAGCAUCUAACCACUGACAGAAGAGAGCAGCCGUCAGGAAAAGAACGUGACAAAGAUGGCCUCCACCCACAAGUACCUUCUCAUUUUUGACUUUGACGAGACAAUCGUCAAUGAGAACAGUGAUGAUUCGGUGGUUCAGGUUGCACCUGACCAGGAACUUCCUGACUGGUUACGCGAAUCCUUCCAAGAUGGCUUUUACAACCAGUACAUGCAGAGGGUUCUCAAAUAUCUUGGAGAUAAAGGAGUGAGGCUCAAUGACCUCAAAGCUGUAUAUGAGAAAAUCCCUCUAUCACCUGGAAUGCCUACUCUCUUCCGUUUCCUGGCCAAGAACCAAGAUCGGUUCGAGAUCAUCCUUAUCUCUGAUGCUAAUAUGUUUGGCAUCGAGAGCAAUAUAAAAAGGUAUGGCUAUCAUUCUCUCUUCCGCAGGGUUAUCAGCAACCCUACCAGCCUGGAAAAAAGCGGAUACCUGACCCUCGGACCUUAUCAUUCUCAUAGCUGUCCUCAAUGCCCGGCAAACAUGUGCAAGAGGAAGAUAGUGGCCGAGUACCUCAAUGAACGGUCCCAAGAAGGAGUAAAGUUCGAGAGCCUUUUAUAUGUUGGUGAUGGGGCCAAUGAUUUUUGUCCAACUGCUAUAUUUACUUCCACCGAUGUUGCUUUCCCUCGAAAGAAUUAUCCCAUGCACAAACUUAUCAGAAAGAUGGAAGAAAAGCAGAAGGGAUCCUACAAAGCUAAGGUGGUGCCGUGGGAAUCGGCAGAUGUGGUUGCACAGUAUCUACAGGCGCUUCUGAACAAGUCUUAAGAGGAACGAUAACAUUUUAUGUUAGAACAAGGACUCUGAGCACUUUAACGUGUCUCUGUGUCUAUGCUCUGUCCUACUAUGCAGUUAUCAACUUCCAACAACCUGUCCAUAGGGUUGUUGAGUUGUCCCUCGUAUGCCAGUGUUCAACUAUACUAAUGUCUUCGCAAGGUACUAUAGACUGUUCUUUCCUAUACUCAUCAGCAGAAAGACUUAAAAUAUUGUAUCUAUCUUCACCGAAGAACAAAGAAUAGUAACUUUUUAACCUCUUAACAUUGUCAUUCGUUGCUUAAGCAUGAAGAUGCUUUUUCUAUAUACCUCUGAAAUCUAUACAAGACGUUCAGCAUUCUGACGGAGAAGUGGGAUAUUAAAAUGUACUGGGGGGUUCCCAGUAUGGGAAAUGAUGUGGAGCCAUUUUUUGCACACACUGCUCUUCAUAUCAUAGAGUAGAAAGUUCUUGCAUGGGUCAAUGGGGCCAUCAACUAUUACGAGAUCAUAGUCAGCAUGAAGGGGUUCAGGUAUGGGUUCAGUACCAAGUAGUAGGUGCAUGUUACUCUCUAUAUAGAUAUGUUCUUAUCUUAGUAUGAGUCAACUCUCCAAAUAGGUUGUCGGGUUCCUAAAUCAUAGAAAGAUAUUCUAAGUUAAUAGAGGAGGGAUCCUCCAUUCAUUACCUUAUCUACAAUCUAGAGCAGUGGUCUCCAACCUGCGGACCUCCCGUCCGGGCAUGCUGGGAGUUGUAGUUUUGCAACAUAUGGAGGUCCGCAGGUUGAAGACCACUGAUCUAGAGUAUUGUUUCCCAAACUUUGAUCAUCAGAACUAGUGAUCGACUGAUAUCGAUUUUUUUUAGGGCCGAUACUGAUAAUCUGUCACCUUUCAGUCCGAUAGCCGAUAACUUAUACCGAUAUUCCGGUAUAAGUUAUCGGCUAUUUCGGCUGUCCAGGCAUGCUGGGAGUUGUAGUUUUGCAACAUCUGGAGGUUCGCAGGUUGAAGACCACUGAGCUAGAGUAUUGUUUCCCAAACUUUGAUCAUCAGAACUAGGGAUCGACCGUUUUUUCGGGCUUAUACCGAUAAUCUGCGACCUUUCAGGCCGAUAACUUAUCUUGGCGGUGGUCUCUGGCCAGGGAGGCGGGGCAUUAUUGGCAAGGUAAUUGCCGAUACCUAUAAUGUCCAAAAUCGUGAAUAUCGGCCGAUAAUAUCGGCGAAACCGAUAAUCGGUCGAUCUCUAAUCAGAACAUGAUGGGAAUUGUAAUUUUGCAACAGCUGGAGGGCCACUGAUUUGGGAACACUGACCGAGAUUGUGGCUACAAGGAGCAUCUCUUGUGCUGGAGGAUCCAGCAUGUUUGUAAUUAUUGACUGUCUGGGCAUGCUGGGAGUUGAAGUUUUGCAACAGCUGGGGGGCCAUAGUUUGAGACCACGGCUGUACAGGUACCAGAAAGCAGUGCUGACGAGAGGGGAGUAGGAGUUGUCAGAACUGCAGUAUUUGGCUCCUUUCACAUCGUUGUAAUGACACGGCAGUGUGAUGCCCGUCAGGGAAGCCGGGGAGAAUAGAAGGAGAAAAAAUACUGCUUGCUCCCGCUAUUCCCUUCAAAAAACGGUUCCCGACUGACCUAAUAAUAGUAAAUGGGAGCCAUUGGGAACCGUUGUUACCCGUCAUGAGAACGGCCGUUAACCCCUUAAUUACCACAGACGUAAAUGUACGUCCUGGUUUGGUGGUACUUCGCGCACCAGGACGUACAUUUACGUCCUGUGUAUGACCGUGAGCAUCGGAGCGGUGCUCGCGGUCAUACACGGCAGGUUCUGGCUGCUAUCAGACCCACCGGUAAUGGCCAACCAUUAACCCCAUGGUCCGCCAUUAACCCCUCAGAUGCCGUGAUCAGUACAGAUCACAGCUGAUGCGCAUGAUAAAAUAGAAUGUGUAUAAUAAAAUAGAUGAUCGGAUUGCCCGCAUCGCUGUUGCGGCGAUCCGACCAUCUGUAAUGGCGGACGGAGGUCCCCUCACCUGCCUCCGUCCGUCUCCCGGUGUCUCCUGCUCUGGUCUGAGAUCGAGCAGACCAGAGCAGAAGAUGACCGAUAAUACUGAUCAGUGCUAUGUCCUAUGCAUAGCACUGAACAGUAUUAGCAAUCAAAUGAUUGCUAUUGAUAGUCCCCUAUGAGGACAUAAAAAGUGUAAAAAAAAAAAAUAAGUUGAAAAAUGUAAAAAUAAAGUUUUAAAAAAGUGAAAAAUCCCCUCCCCCAAUAAAAAUGAAAAUUGUCAGUUUUUCCCAUUUUACCCCCAAAA